UUCGGUUUUUCCCUUAUUAGGGAAAGGCAAAAGGACUCAGCCCAUACAGCCAAAUUGUUUCCACUACUAUAUUAUGACAAUGACAACUGUAACGACGUAAAAGUUAAAAUAUAAAAAAAAUAUACCUUUCAACUUUCAAAUUCACGUAUAUAGUUUAUUUGUUCAAAUAUUUACUUAAAAAGAUCAAAAGUGGAAAAUCUGUAAUUGUUUUUUUCAAUAUGUUUAAAAUCUAUUCAAAAUCUAAUCCAUAUCUCUACGGAAAGUACUGUUUACUAAAUGGUGGUAACCGUUUAGAUAAAACUAUGCAUGUUUCUUCGGCAUUAAAGUUCCCUCAAGUUGCUAUUAAGUUACCUACAAAUGUUGAAGACAUAAAUUCUUCAGAAAUGGGUAGAUUUUCACCACAAAGAGACAGAGAUAUAGCUGCACCAGUCAUUUGCUAUCACUAUGAAAAAUAUCAAAAUUUUUCUAAAGUUGAUAUAACAUCACAACCUGAUCCGCAUGUUAAUAAAUAUGAUUGUAGAGGUGCAGUCAGUUUAUCAUCGAUAAUGCAAAGCAACGUUCCAACGCCAUUCAGUGGUAACCAUACACAUCUAAAUAUGCCAGGGUCACAAUGGGGCCAAGGUGUUAAAUACCUAUCCGAUCAUUUGCAGAGUGCGCAUUAUUUGACAUUGAGAAAUGAGUAUCGCAAUGCAUCUAGUGUGGCCGUCACAUUUGCAACAAGAAAUAUGAGUACAGAAGUAAAUCGUCCAUUAAGUGCUAAGGAAAAAUUGAAACAGGCUAUGAAAGAAUAUGGCUCAACAGUUAUAGUGUUCCAUGUUGCUAUUUCAAUGCUUUCCUUAGGGGGAUGUUAUCUGCUAAUCACUAGUGGCGUCGACCUAGUGGGCAUGCUGAAAUACUUUAAUAUUGGUGAAGGCACAUUGUCAAAGAUAGCAUCAUCAAAUGCAGGCACAUUUGUGAUAGCGUAUGCAGUACAUAAGUGUUUUGCUCCAGUUAGAAUGGCUAUAACUUUGACGGCUACACCAUUUAUUGUACGAUAUUUAAGAAAUAUAGGUUUUAUAAAGCGGAAUGUAAAUCCAGGUGGUGGGAAUAAAUGAUUUUAAAAAAUGGUG